GAGCUCCAGGAGGGAAAAAAAGACAAAACUGCAACACAACCAAGUACUGAUCCUGGAAGACAUCUGAACAUCCUUAUGGAGUGAGUAUCCAGUGUGCACCUAAGAUUGCUUGGCCUGUAACCUGGCUUUGGGAAAGAAAUGACUGCUCUUGAAUCAGCAUUUGGUGAAGAAGCUAUGGCUGAGAUUAAUCAUUCCUUGGAUAGAGAAAACUUGGCAGCAACAGAAUGCUCAGAAUUCCAGUUUAAUGCCAACUGUUUAACAGGAGAAGGUCAAUUAUGCAUCUUGGAGCCUCAUAUUACUGAAAUUAUUGAUAAUGAAGGUUUGGCAAUUGAUCAGCUGACAACUGCUGAGAAAGUAGCAUUGGAGAAUUCAGCAAAGACAGAAGCAGUUUGGGAGUAUCCGUGGCAGUCAGACAAAGUUGUGACCAAUCUUUCAGUACCCCACCAUGAUAAGAAUACCUCUGUAAAAGAUGAGGAAGCAAAUAGCCAAAGUUCAAAACCAAUUAAUUACCACCACAACCAAACCAAGAAUCUGUACUUUUGUGAUAGGCCUAAAAAGGACUUCCAGCAACCAUCUCUAUUUGCCCAACAUAAAAAUGUGUUCUGUGCAAGUAAAAUGCCCGUGCAGAGUGAGCAAUUGGAAAUAUGCAAUUCACUGGUGCCAGACCUGAAUAGGCAGACUAAAAAUUGUUUAAUAAUAGGUGACCAAUGUGGAGAAAAUAACCAAAGCCUAUCUCACCUUUCCCAAUAUUAUAAAAAUGUGCUUCCAAAUGAAAACUCAGCUUGGCAGCAUCAAAGCUUUCAAUCAGAAGCAGGUAGUCUGAUAUCAGAAGCAUGCUAUAGAAGCACAUUAGUACCAGUUCCUCUUAAGGCAGAGAAUAUAAUAGAAUAUGUUGAUGAAGCAGUUGGUCCAAAUGCCAUACAAGUAACAGACCAGAGAACUGAGACCAAAAAUCUGCAUAUCUGUGACCAGUGUGGAAAGGAAUACCAGUGGCUUUCUGAGCUUAUCCGACAUCAGCUACUAUUUUUUGGAGGAGAAGCAGAUAGACAAAGCCAGCUUAAUUUGGAAGAUAGAAAUCCAAGUCAUUUGGCAUCUGUCCCUAUUCCCUUUCAGGAAAACGGAAUGUGUGCAACCUCUUGGGAAACUUUCCAACAAAAGUCAAGAGAUCAUAACACUCCUGCCAAGAUGCAGUAUUUCUGCCAUCAGAAUGGAAAGGAUUUCUGCAAGUCCUCUGUACUCAAGUGGCAUACACUUCCUAGGGAGAAAUUGACUAAACAAUCAAAAAUAAAUAAAUCUAGUACCUUGUCAUUUGUCCCCCAUGUGAGAGGAAACAUGUUUGCAGACUCUUGUGAAACCUCUAACCUAAACUCAAUGCGUACAAGUCCUUACACAGGGAAACAACACAAUGACCAAUGUGGAAGAUGCAGUCAUAGUCUUUGUGCUCAGCAGCAUCUUGAUAAUUUGGAAUUGAAAGCAGAUAGAGAUGAACUGUUCCACUUGGGAGCAUUCAGUCCAAAAAGCUCAGUGCCCAUUUCUCUGCAAGCAGACAAAACAUUCAGUGAAAACUCAAAAAUCCUUACAGAACAAAAGGACUCUGCUAAGAAUCUGUACACUUGUAACUGUGAUAGGAACAAUUGCCAGUGUCAUUGUUUGUUAGCCAAGCAUCAUCUACAUGUUGCCUUGGGAGGGGAAACAGAUACACAGGACCAAUUUAAAAUACAAACAGGUAGUUUAAGUCAAUUUCAAAUGGAAAGUAAAGUUACAGAAUCGUCUGAAACAGUUAAACCUCAGUCAAAUCUCACAACAAACCAAGGUUCCGAUAUCAAAAGUCCGAGAAUAUGUAAGGAAUGUGGGAAGGACUUCCGAUGGUCCUCUGCCCUGGCUCGACAUCAAGUUGUGCAUUCUGGAAAAGCUAGUAAGAAACAAUGCCCAUCAAAGGUAGAUUAUCAAAAUGAUUUAUCACCUGGGCCCAUGGAUUUUGACCAACCUUCCCAUCUGAAGACAAACCAGUUGACUGAGAAAAAUAAACCCUACACAUGUGGUCACUGUGGAAAAAGCUUCAAGUGGCCUUCUGACCUUACUCGACAUAAACAGGUUCAUUCUAGAAAAAAAUUAAUGAGAAGCAAGGGCAUCAAGCCCAACAAAUCCUAUAUCUCUGACCAGGGUGGAAAACAUUUCUAUUGUCCUUCCCACCUUGCCCAACAUAAACACACACAUUCUAGAAGUAAAUUAAUGAGAGGCACCAAGCUCAAGUCCUACAUUUGUGGUCACUGUGGAAAGAAUUACCAUUGGCCUUCUCAACUUGCCCGACAUGAACAGACUCACUUUAGAACAAAACUAAUGAAAGACAAGUGUACCAAGCUGAAGAAAUCAUAUAUCUGUGAUCAGUGUGGAAAAGGAUUCAUGUACCCUUCUGACCUUGCCCAACAUGAAUGCACUCAUUCUAGAAAAAAGUUACUGAGAGGCAAGUGCAUCAAGCUCAAGAAAUCACAUAUUUAUAAUCAAUGUGGAAAAGGUUUCCAAUAGCCUUCUGACCUUGUCUGACAUGAACACUCAUUUUAGAGAAAUGUCACAUAGAAAUAAAUACAUGAAGCUUCAAAAGCUGUUUGCAUGUACUGUAUUUGGUGUGGAAAGAUCUUCCAGCGGUUUUUCUCCCUUUGUUCAACUUAAAUGCUCUCAUUCUGAGAAAAUGAUGACUAGAAGCAAAUGCACCAAACUCUGGAAGCUGCACAUCUGUUGUGAAAGUGGAAACAGCUUCCAGUGGCCUAAGCUUGCAGAACAUCAGCAUGUUCAUUCCAGAAAAAAAAUUAAGGCAGAAAUGUAUCAAACUGAAGAAAUUAUGUACAGUUACAGUUACAUUGGGAAACUCACAAGGUGGCCUGACUUUGUCCUGUAUAUUCAUGUUUAUUUCAAAAUAAAAUUAAUGAAAGGCAAA